AUGCAUCCGAAAUCAUUCCAAAUCCUGGUUCAAACGCCAGACCGUCAGAUUUGCCCUAAAUCCGUCACCGGCGAUCAAACCCUCUCUGACCUAAAACAUUCCCUCUUCCCCAAUUCAUCAUCCUUCUACUUCACCCUCCAUGGAAAACCUAUCCCAGACGAUACAACUUUCUCCCAAUCCCGAAUCGCGCCUCUUUCUACUCUCCUCCUCCAAUCACGCCUCCUCGGAGGCGGAGGAGAUGGAGGUGCUACCGGCGCUGAGUCCCGCGACUGCUACCUUAAAAUGUACGCGGAGAAGAAGCCGGAUAAAGUGGAUCCCAACGAGCAGAGGCUAUCGAAAUGGCAGAAUUGCGCGUUGUCGAAUGAGCCAUUGAGGGAACCGUGUGUGAUUGAUAAGCUUGGAAAUAUCUUUAACAAGGAGUCGUUGGUGGAGGCUUUGUUAGGUAAGAAGCUUCCUAAGGAAUUUGGGUAUAUCAAGGGUUUGAAGGAUAUGAUUAAAAUUAAGCUUUCGUCGAUACCUGGUGAGGACGAUGGGGCUAAGUUUCGGUGUCCGGUUGCAGGGUUGGAGUUUAAUGGAAAGUAUAGGUUUUAUGCUUUAAGGAAUUGUGGGCAUGUUUUGAGUUCAAAGGCUUUGAAGGAGGUUAAGUCUUCAGCUUGUUUGGUUUGUCAUGAGGAAUUUGAUGAGGCUGAUAAGAUUGUGAUCAAUGGGAAUGAAGAGGAAGUGGAGGUUUUGAGAGAGAGGAUGGAGGAGGAGAAAGCCAAGGUUAGAGAGAAGAAAACCAAGAAGGUGAAGAAUGGUGAUAAUGAGGCUGUGAAUGGUUUGAGUUUGGAAGGUUCAAAGUUGAGUGGUAGUAAGCACAAUAUGGAUGUGGAGAAGGCUUCAGCUAAGGUUGAUAGAAAUGGGAAGGUUGGUAGUGGUAACAAGAGUGUUAAUGGUGGUGCAGCUGCUGCUAAGCGGUUUAAGGCGACUGAUAUUGCCCCGGCAAAUGCUACCGAGGUCUAUGCAUCUAUUUUUACUUCUUCUAGGAAGUCUGAUUUUAAAGAAACAUAUUCUUGCAGGUCUCUGCCUCUUGGUAGAAACUAA